AUGGAUUUUGUUCGUCAAUUGCUUUGUACUGGUAUUAAAGACCAAGAAUGUAAUAUUACUGAAGAAGAAAUUCCUCGAGUUGGAGAAUUUUUUGAAAGCAUUGAAUUAAUUUAUUUAAUGGCAAUUUGUGUUGCUUCGAUUAUCACUAUAAUUGUUUUUAUUUUGGGAAUUCUUCAUUGGAUAUUUGUUUUGAAAUUUAUUAGCAACGAACAGAUACGGACUGAUUUGUAUUGGCUUGUUUUUAUGGGACCGGUUAUUUCAACUUGUGGUACUAUUGGUCUAGUUAUUCCACGUGCUGCCAUUUUUCUAUAUGCCAUUGCCCUGGUUUACUUCAUGAUUUGUAUUUUUGUGCUUUUAAACGGUUCAAGACAAAUUUUAUGUGAGAAAUUGAUGGCAAAAGGUGUAAGAAUAUCGUUGAGAGUUUGCCCGCUUGGAUGUUGCCUUUUUUGUCUUUCAAAAGUUGAACCAAAUCAGUUAAAUUUUCGAAGAAUGGAAUGGCUUGUUUUUCAAUCACCAAUUGUGAGAAUAUUUCUUGAAGUUGUAAAUAUAAUUGUUUUUAUGGAAAUCAAUUCACGUGCAAAUUUAUUUACUCAAAUUUCAAAUGUUAUUGGAAUGAUUUCGCUUUUUGUUGGUUCCUAUGGUUCUUAUAUGAUUAUACCUGCUGGUUCUUCUUUACUUGGAGAAUAUCGUUUUCUUUUACUCUUUCGUUUGGUCGAUCUUUCACAACUUGCUUGGUCUGUACAAAAAGUUUUAUUUGAAUUUUUGGCUUUUCCACGGCUACACAUAUUUUCAACAAAAAGUGUAUUACCAGCAUCUGCAAAAGCACAAUUUUGUAUUUCUUUUCUACUUUGCGUGGAAAUGCUUAUUGUUAGUUUAUUGGCAACUUUUAUGUUUCGUCCUUCACGCACCUGGUAAUUUAAUUAUAUAUUUU